UAAAUGCAGCAGCAGACGUUGGUGAUUGUGGAGAGACACACAUUACGAGUCUGUCUUUUCUCUUUAGAGUGACUGUUUUAUACGUGUAAACCCACCAUGGCAAUGGCAAUUUUAAAGGCCAAAGAACCUCAGAAGCAGCCUGUCUUUGACUAUCAGGAUGGAUGUGUGUACAGGAUUCCUGCUCUGUGCUACAACAGAAACAGUCAAACUCUUCUCGCCUUUGCAGAGAAGCGGAAGACUUUGAAGGAUUCCGAUGCUGAAAAGCUGGUGAUGAAAACAGGAAAGCUGAAGGAGGACGACCCUAAUGAGAUUCAGUGGUCGAAUCUCAAAGAAGUGGAAAAUGCACGCUUGUUGUCCCACCGUACCAUGAGCCCCUGCCCAGUGUAUGAUGAGAAGAAUAACAAACUGUACCUGUUUUUCAUCUGUGUUAAAAAUGGUUACUCAGAAAAGUGUCAAAAAAAUGGGGGCAACAUGGCUCGGCUCUGCUACAUCACCACCACCGAUGAUGGUGAAAAGUGGAGCGCGCUGACAGAUUUAACAGAUUUGAAGCAGUGUGAAAUGUGUUGCUGGGCCACAUUUGCUGUCGGGCCGGGCCAUGGUCUUCAAACACAGAGCGGCAGGUUGAUUGUUCCUGUCCACGCUUAUCAAAUUGAGCUAAGCUCCUGUUGCUGUUGGAAAGGUUGCGCCUCUACUUCAUAUGCACUCGCCCUGUACGCUGAUCAUCCAGACACAGAGUGGAAGUUUGGCAACAUGCUUGAAACCGAAUCAGGUGAAUGUCAAAUGGCAGAGCUCUUAGAUGACAAAGGCAAACAUGUUGUCUACUGCAACGCCCGUAGUACGAAGGGCCAUCGAGUGGAAGCUGUCAGUCAGAACGGGGGUGUCGAUUUUGCCAACCAGACCGGCAGUAAGGGGAGUGAGAAGAUUGUUGAAACGGCUUCAGGUUGUCAGGGUAGUGUGGUCUCCUUUCCAGCUCAUGGUAAAGAUGCAGAUACGAAGGAUGAACACAACAGCAACAACACCUGGCUGCUCUUCACCCACCCAACCGAUAAGACAAAAAGGGUUAAUUUAGGAGUGUAUCUGAACAAAUCCCCACAGGAUCCAGACAAAUGGAGCGAACCCUGGAUCAUUAACAGUGGAACCAGUGCUUACUCAGACCUGGCUUAUAUUGGUAAGGGUUGGUUUGUGUGUCUUAUGGAGCGUGGGGAGGAAAUAGAACUGAACCAGAUAUCUUCUGUGAUGUUUAGCUGCAGCCAGGUCGAGGAAGGCAUUGGACAGUGAUGUUAAUUUCAGUACUGUUGUUGUAGCCUACAAAACAUUGAGACUCAAGAGACUUCAGAGGCUCGAUAGAUAUAAUGACUAUUAAGUGAUGAGAUCAUAAUCAAAGCUUUUUUUAUUAAAACGAUUAAGUGCCAUUUUAUAUUUUAAAAGAGCUGCUUGCAUUUGGAUUUUGUUUUGAAAAUGAUGUGGCAUUGACAAUUUUGUUUAUAAUGUUCUUCUCUAAUGUAAUUCUUCUUUUUUUCCCGAAAUGAAAAGAGAAAAAUGUAAGAGCUGUUGUGACUAGUGUUUUUAAUAAAUGUAGGAUUGAUCAUUUGUUUCUGAAACCUUUUUAUUUUUUAAAGUUUUGUCUGUGGCCCUCACAGGACUGUAAUAAAAAUGACCAAUCAUUUCAUUCAAAAAUAGAAAACAAAAUGAUUGGCUGGUGUUCCUGUCUGUCGCUCACCGACCUGCCUGCCUGCCUGUGCUCUCACUCUUCAUAACUGCAGUCUUCAGCUGGCGAGACAAACAUCACUGAAGUAGAGACGACUGCUGACUAAGACCUAGCUUCAUAAGGGUUUGUUUGCAUGUGUAAUGGAGUGUGGGGAGAAGAAAGAAAUUAAGCAGAUAGCCUCGUUGGUUUGUAUCGACAACAUGUGAAAACUUCUCUGUCUUUACAAACCAUGACAAUUGUGCAAAUGUACAAAAUAAUGUGAUUUCAUUGAAGAGCAGAAUGUUUCCAAUGUAAAAACUAAUUAAAAGUUCCUUUUUCAGAAA